GCGGGUCUGGGGGCGGACCCGGAGGCGGGGCUGUCUCUGCGGCAGGGCCCAGCUCGGCUCCCCCUGGUCUCCCUCUGUCUCUCCUCCUCCCUCCUCCUGCUCCGGGCGGAGCCCGGCAUGGGGGGGCCGGCGCCCGGCAGGCCAGUGGAUCCGGGACCCAGGGAGGGCCGCCCCCCGGGCCUGGAGGCACUGAGCAGGGCCCCCCAGCCCCCACCUCCUGCCCCACGACAUGAACCUUCUAUACCGAAAAACCAAGCUGGAGUGGAGACAGCACAAAGAAGAGGAGGGCAAGAGGAGCUCCAGUAAGGAAGCAGCCCCCACUGGCCCUGCAGGGCCUGGGGCUGGCCCUGGGCCUGGGGUCCGAGUGCGGGACAUAGCCUCACUGCGUCGUUCCCUCAGGAUGGGUUUCAUGACGAUGCCUGCCUCCCAGGAACACACCCCCCACCCCUGCCGCAGCGCCAUGGCACCUCGCUCACUUUCCUGCCAUUCAGUGGGCAGUAUGGACAGUGUAGGGGGGGUGCCUGGGGGAGGUGGGGGAGGUCUCACAGAGGAUAGUAGCACCCGAAGACCCCCAGCUAAGCCCCGGAGACACCCCAGCACCAAGCUCAGCAUGGCAGGAUCAGGGGCAGAGACACCUCCAAGCAAAAAAGCAGGGUCUCAGAAGCCAACCCCAGAGUGCCGUGAGUCCAGCCGGAAGGUUCCACCACAGAAGCCCAGGCGAAGCCCCAACACUCAGCUGUCUGUGUCCUUCGAUGAGACUUGUGCCCCAGCUCCGUCUCCUCGAGGGGGGAACCUGCCCCUGCAGCGCCUCAAUAGGGGCUCCCGAGUAGCUGGAGACCUUGAUACAGGUGCCCAGGAAGAAGAGCCCGUGUACAUCGAGAUGGUGGGGGAUGUCUUCCGGGGAGGAGGACGAAGUGGAGGAGGCCUGACUGGACCUCCUCUUGGAGGAGGCCCAACCCCUCCAGCUGGUGAUUCGGACUCUGAUGACAGUGAGGCCAUAUACGAAGAGAUGAAAUACCCGCUGCCUGAAGAGGCAGGGGACGGCAGAGCCAACGGGCCUCCCCCAUUGAUGGCAACCUCCCCUCCACACCAGUCUCAUGCCCUCCAGCCCCACUCUCACCGACGUCCAGCAUCAGCCCUCCCGAGCCGGAGGGAUGGGACACCCACCAAGACCACUCCUUGUGAAAUCCCCCCACCCUUCCCCAACCUCCUUCAGCACCGGCCUCCACUCUUGGCCUUCCCUCAAGCCAAGUCUGCUUCAAGAACCCCUGGCGACGGGGUCUCGAGGCUACCUGUCCUCUGCCACUCCAAGGAGCCAGCAGGUUCCACUCCAGCUCCCCAAGUGCCUGCACGAGAGCGGGAGACGCCUCCCCUGCCGCCUCCGCCUCCUGCUGCCAACCUGCUAUUGCUAGGACCAUCAGGCCGAGCCCGGAGCCACUCCACACCAUUGCCCCCCCAGGGCUCUGGCCAGCCCCGGGGGGAGCGGGAGCUCCCCAACUCUCACAGCAUGAUCUGCCCCAAGGCGGUGGGGGCGCCGGCAGCCCCCCCUGCUCCAGCCACCUUGCUCGCUGGCCCCCCCAAGGACAAGGCCGUGUCUUACACCAUGGUGUACUCAGCUGUAAAAGUGACCACACACUCGGUCCUGCCAGCUGGUCCCCCCCUGGGUGUCGGGGAGCCAAAGACAGAAGAAAUCUCAGUACUCCACGGAAUGCUGUGCGCCAGUUCGAGGCCCCCCGUGCCAGGGAAAGCCAGCCCCCAUGGUGGGGCUGUGGGCUCAGCAGCUGGGGUCCUCCACCACCGCAGCUGCCUGGCUUCCCCCCACAGUUUUCCAGAUCCAACUGCAGGCCCCCUCACCCCUCUCUGGACCUACCCAGCCUCAGCUGGGCUCAAGAGACCCCCUGCCUACGACAGCCUCAAGGCUGGGGGGUUGCUGAAUAAGGGCUGUGGAGUGGGGGCACCGUCCCCCAUGGUCAAGAUCCAGCUACAAGAACAAGGGACCGAUGGGGGUGCCUUUGCCAGCAUCUCCUGUGCCCAUGUCAUCGCCAGCGCAGGGACACCAGAGGAGGAAGAGGAGAUGGGCGCCACGUUUGGGGCAGGCUGGGCUCUGCAGAGGAAGGUCCUGUAUGGAGGGAGGAAAGCAAAACAGGACACAGAGGUCGAGGACACUGCCCGGGCCUGGAAUGGCAGUACUGAGGGUCCAGGCAAGGUGGAGCGUGAGGACAGGGGUCCUGUGGCAUCAGGGAUUCCUGUGAGGAGCCAAGGGGCAGAGGGUCUGCUGGCCAGGAUCCACCAUGAUCGAGGAGGGAGUCGCACGGCACUGCCCAUCCCCUGCCAGACCUUCCCAGCCUGCCACCGAAAUGGAGAUUUCACAGGAGGAUACCGCCUGGGACGCUCUGCCUCCACCUCUGGAGUCCGACAGGCUGCACUCCAUACCCCCAGGCCCUGCAGCCAGCCCAGGGAUGCCCUGAGCCAGACCCACCCUGCGCUGCCGCUGCCUCCCCAGCCGGCCCGCGAGCGGGAUGGCAAGCUUCUGGAGGUGAUCGAGCGCAAGCGCUGCGUGUGCAAGGAGAUCAAAGCACGCCACCGUCCGGACCGCGGGCUCUGCAAGCAAGAGAGCAUGCCCAUCCUCCCCAGCUGGCGGAGGGGCCCCGAGCCCCGCAAGUCUGGCACCCCGCCCUGCCGCCGGCAGCACACGGUCCUCUGGGAUACUGCCAUCUGAAGAGUGCAGGGAUGGCCCAGGACACCUGGACUGGGAGGGGGCGGGGCCUGCCCAUCUCUACUUGACACUUGAGAGAUGGAGGGACUAGGGGAGGGCGGCCCUACCUGACCCAUAGGGGAGCUUGGGGUACCAGCAGUAUCCCAAGCAAUUUGGGGGAGGAGGGCUUGCUUGAUGUUGGAGGUGGGGGUGGGGGGGUGUCUGAGCGUGGUAGACCCCUCUUCAUGUGAAGAAGGCCAAGAUGGGGGAAGAGGGAAGGGUUUCCGAGGAAGAUGGGGGCGGGGC